GGCCGUCGCCUGGGCGACGCCUGUGACGGACAGAGCGGGGAAUAUAGAGCAAGGGAGGGCAGGGAAGCGGAAGAGGGGUGUAUUUCCGCUUCCGCCGCAGGGAGCUCGCUCUCUUUUCGUUCGGCCAAGGGAGGCUGGCGGGAGCGCGUGGCGGGUGAUAUUCAGCUGCCACCAUGCAGAUUUUUGUGAAGACCCUGACUGGGAAAACCAUCACCCUUGAGGUGGAACCCAGUGACACAAUUGAGAAUGUGAAAGCCAAAAUUCAGGAUAAGGAAGGUAUCCCUCCCGACCAGCAACGUCUGAUCUUUGCAGGGAAGCAGCUGGAAGAUGGGCGCACACUCUCUGACUACAACAUCCAGAAAGAGUCCACCCUUCACUUGGUGCUGCGCCUCCGCGGAGGAAUCAUCGAGCCCUCCCUUCGCCAGCUGGCCCAGAAGUACAACUGCGACAAGAUGAUCUGCCGCAAAUGCUACGCCCGCCUGCACCCCCGGGCCGUGAACUGCCGCAAGAAGAAGUGUGGCCACACCAACAACCUGCGCCCCAAGAAGAAGGUUAAAUAAAGAGGACGGGGGGAGGCCCCAGGCGGACGCUGGUCUUUUCCCAUCUGGUUCCAGCACCCUUUCAGCAAAACGUUCCGUCUCGUCGUCUGCGGGUGUGUGGCCUUUUUCCGCCUGCUCCAAUAAACAUGUGUUGAUGCACCAAA